UGGCGUUGCUGCGCAUGCGUUGCCUCCUCCUUCUCCCAGGUUGCUUAGCGCGACUAGUAUGGCGGCUUCCAGUAUGCACAUGGAUUAUUCUUGCCAGGGUUCUUGCCACAUGUAAAGGGAAGCGGCUUCUUUUUCUCUGCCGCCAUCGCUCGAAUUUGUUUGCUUGGGUGCUCCGAGAAGAUGCGAGCGCUGGAGCGAGUGUUGCUGAGGGGCUUCCCCAGCGCAGCGGAGUCCCCGCGGUGGAAACAGAACGAGGCGGCUUCGGCUGCGGAGAGUGGCUCCUUGUUGCAGUUGCUAUUGGAAGGGAGAUAUGAGGCCAUCUUACUAAGUAAAGCAAUCCAGAAUGUCUUCACAAUGCCUGAAUUAGCAGAAGAGGAAACCAUUGCCAGCUACUUAGAAAAGCAGAUUCAAGCUUAUCUGGACUGUUCUUCCUCAGAUAUUGAUCCUAUGGAAAGGCAAAGUGUGGUGUUUUUCCUUGGUGUGGGGAGCCUACAGUUGUUUGUUCAGAGCAACUGGACUGGGCCUCCUGUUGAAUUGCAACCUCAGAACUUUCUGCCGUCUGUGUUGCUACAACAAUACAAUGAGCCCAGUACAUUGUCUACAGCUGUGUUGAGCCUGCUGGUUCUAGAUGGUGAAUCAUUCUAUAGCCUGACUUCUCAUUCUGUCUUACUGAUGCUAGCUAGAGCAGUGCUUGUGAAUUCAAGGCAUAAGCUAGAAGCUAUACAGACAUUGCCUUGGUGGACUCUACGAUGUGUGAAUAUCCAUCAGCAGUUAUUAGAAGAAAGAUCACCUGAACUCUUUGGUGUUGCCCAGGCGUGUAUACAGCAAGUAUUUGAAAUUGAGACUUUAUUCACUGAUGAAGAAUGCUGGCAUCUUGCUGUUCAGUUCCAUCUAGAGUGUGCUUACACAUUUUUGAAUUACUAUGACUAUAAAAAAGCCAAAGAACACUUUCUGAUGGCUAAAGGCAUAACCAAGUUACAGAUUAAUUUGACAGGUGCUCUGGGAAAAAGGACAAAAUUUCAGGAAAAAUAUGUAGCACAGCUCGUAUUAGAUGUUCAAAGGGAAGAUGACAUUGCCCUUCAUCACCUUGAGCUUAGCCCAGCACCUACCCCAUUAGAAGAUUUAACAAAGAAUUUUGCUUUAAAUGAUGACACAGUGCUAAAUGAAAUAAAAUUUUCAGAAUCUCAUCAAAAUCAGAUGCCUGACCUGUGUGCAGAAGAGCUUGCUGUUAUCCUUGGAAUUUGCAUAGACUUUCAAAAGAACAAUCCAGUCCAUAAGCUGACAGAAGAGGAGCUGCUUGCUUUUACAUCAUAUUUGCUCUCACAACCAAAGUUCUGGGCAGUUCAAACUUCUGCGCUGCUUCUAAGGGCAAAACUUGAGAGAGGAAGCAUUCGUCGAGUGGAACGGGCAAUGAAACAGACUCAGGCUCUAGCAGACCAAUUUGAAGACAAGAAAACAUCAGUUUGUGAACGUAUGAAAUUGUUUUACAGUUGCCAAGUUCCUCCGCAUUGGGCUAUACAGCGGCAGCUUGCAACCUUACUUUUUGACCUCGGAUGUACCAGUUCAGCUCUGAAGAUUUUUGAGAAGCUUGAAAUGUGGGAGGAUGUUGUUGUAUGCUAUGAAAGAGCAGGACAGCAUGGGAAGGCAGAAGAAAUCAUAAGGCAGGAGGUAGAGAAGAAGGAAACACCAGGUUUAUAUUGUUUGCUUGGGGAUGUUCUUAAAGACCAUUUUUACUAUGAAAAAGCCUGGGAAUUGUCAAACCACCGCAGUGCCCGGGCUCAGCGCUCUAAGGGUCUUCUCCACCUUCGCAACAAGAACUUCAGGGAAUGUAUAGAGUGCUUUGAGCAAUCAGUGCAGAUCAACCCCAUGCAGUUAGGUGUGUGGUUUUCCUUGGGCUGUGCCUACUUAGCUUUGGAAGAUUAUGAAGGUGCUGCCAGAGCAUUUCAGCGCUGUGUGAUGUUGGAACCUGAUAAUGCUGAGGCUUGGAACAAUUUAUCAACUGCAUAUAUCAGAUUAAAACAGAAAAUCAAAGCAUUCCGGACCCUUCAGGAAGCUCUCAAGUGUAAUUAUGAGCAUUGGCAGAUUUGGGAAAAUUACAUUCUCACCAGUACAGAUGUUGGAGAUUUUUCAGAAGCUAUUAAAGCUUAUCACAGGCUUAUGGAUUUACGAGAAAAAUAUAAAGAUGUUCAGGUGCUAAAGAUACUGGUAAAGGUAGUGAUGGAUGGAGUGGCUGAUCGCAAUGGAGAAACAGCAACAGUGUUAAAGGCAAAACUGCAAGCACUCUUUGGCAGAGUGACUUCUAGAGUGACAAAUGAUGGAGAAAUCUGGAGACUAUAUGCAAGACUUUAUGAGAAUGGGCAGAGUGAUAACCAUGAAGAUACAGAAAAGGCGCUGCAGUAUCUCACCAAAGCACACAAAUGUGAAAUCCAAUCAAGGGACUGGGACAAAGACAUUUUCUCUUUUAAGGAGGUAGCAAAAGGUGCUCUAGAGCUUGCACAUGUGGCAAUGAGGUGCAGCAAAACCAAGACUAAUCACCAGGAAGCAUUGCAAAUACUCUCUUCAGCUCGACUCAACCUACGUGGCUUGGCAGCCAAAGCAAAGCAACUUUUUACAGAUGCAGUGAGUGGUGAAGUUUCCAGUGACCUAGCUGAAGAAGUGGCAGCUAUGGAUAACUUAAUAUUGGAAUUGCAAGAACGUAGCAACCAGCUAAAGAAUCAGACCUGAGAAAUAUAAGAUCCAGUUUCCUGGAAGGAAGGAAGGAAGGAAGGAAGGAAGGAAGGAAGGAAGGAAGGAAGGAAGGAAGGAAGGAAGGAAGGAAGCGAAGUUGGCAAACUUUGUUGGCUGCAGUUUGUGCUAAUGACCCUCCAGUAAAUCUAACACCUCAAGCCACUUUCUCAUAAAUAUUUUUGUUUUCGUUCUCAAUUUGGGUGUUUGUGUGAUUUCUGUUGGCCUCAGUUUUAUAGAACAAAACUGACUGGUUUUUAUUUAGAAGGCCCUUUUAUUUAGGAUUAGUUCUGCUCAAGUGCACCACAUAAUUAGCUCCUGUCUAUUGCUGUGCACUUUGCAGAUAGGAGAGAUUAAGUAGUCCUGUUGAUAUUAGAAAGGAAGGGGCACUAUUUUGCUUUUGUUUUUAUUGAGAUGGAGGGAAUGUCAGGAAGAUGGAGAAAAUCAAACAAAAAUUGAAAUGGCACUCUUCUGUGACAUUUAAAACAAACAAUUGUGCAGGAGGUGCCAGUGGAAUUAUCCUAUAGUUUUGUGGUUUUCAGAGCUAAGCAUUUACAGAAAACGGGCAACACAUUCCCAACAGUGGCAGCACAAACUGUAACUUGCAUCCUAAUCCUUAUGAUUUCCUUUGCUUUUUGGGAAGCCAUGUUCCGUUUUUCUGACUUUUCAGUAGCCUUUGAGGCUUAAGUGUAGCAGGAUAUUCUCUCUCUCAAUAAGUUUCCCUAUAAACACUGACCAUAACAACACCAGUAGCAGCUGCAAGACUUGAGCUGGAUCUCAACUUUGCAUCCCCAUUAACCUAAAAAUGGGUGAUAACAAGACCCACCCUUUCUAAACCAGACCAAGGCUAUUGAGUCGUGUCUUCAGCAAUGGCAAUUGAAUGCCCAGAUAAGCUUUUACUAGCUAGGCAAGGUGGAGGAUAGCCAUCCCUCUCGUUCAUCUCCAGCAUUUAAUAAUGUGACAUACAAUGCCUUUGAAUGUGGAGAUUUCAUUCUUACUGUCAUCCAUUAGUCUGUUUUCUAUGAAUUUAUCAUAUCCUUUCUGAAAGCUUCUACAAUUGCCAUUGCUGCAACUUGUAGUCAGUACUGUCGCUUGAUUUGUCUUUUGUAUAAAGAACUUCCUUCUGUUGGUUAUGAUGUACCCUUUGCUUGGAGGAUUUCAAGUUCUUCAGGGUUCUCCUUUCCUCCUCCUUUCUGUACUGUUUUUUUCCCAUGAACCAAAGCCUCCAACUCUUACCUGAGGCAAAAUCCUUAGCCAUGUCUUUGCCUAUUUGAUGAUUGAUUUUUUUAUUUACGGUCAUAGACCAAACAACGUAUACAAAUACACAAAUGCACAACAAUACUUAAAAGGAACAUUAAACAUAAUCACUCUUGCGAGAUACCCUCUUACUGCAUAUUAAAACAAUAAAAUUAAAAUAUUAAAAUUAAAAAGAGAA